AUGACCUAAGACUGAUGCGAUUUCGAGGGAAGAUAAAAUAAAUAUGACUCAUAGCCAAAUUCAAGGAGUUAUAAAUUAAAAGGGAUAAAUGUUUCCUGUCGACAUUUUGGUGGAGUGAAAUAUCGUGGCCCCACAGAAGAAAUUCGACAGUGAAAAGUGAACUUUUUUAGUUUUUACAGCGUGAGUUAGCGUCUCGCUUCUGACUUCUGUUUUCAGAAAUUCAAGGCCAGGAACAACAUUAUUGACUUUUUAUACCACCAACAGCAUGGCGCAGGCAGGAGUAGAAACAGAGCCAAAGUGUCAAAAGUGUUGGCAUUAUUUUGACACGAUCCAGAAAUAUUUUGUGGAGGUGGCACUAUUUUUCUUCUUCUUGUCACGACACAUGACACUUCCUCUUUUCCAGGAAUAUGUUUCAGAGGAAAUCCACAAACAGCAUCAUGUAAAAUUCCUGGAAAUGGCUUUGGAAAUGAACCAGGCGAAUCUUAGUAUGUCAAUCAAAGAAGCGGAACAUGACAGUGCAUUGUCCAUCUUGGGACUUCAAAUUGCGGAAGGUCUGCCGGCUGUUAUUACUGUGAUUAUACUUGGUGCCGUUAGUGAUAGAACGGGUCGUCGACGAAUCAUGCUGUGGUUGCCAUGUUUGGGGAGUGUCUUGUAUUGUUUGAUUUACGUUCUUUUAAUGUACACUGGCUGGAACCUCGAUGGAUUGUUCAUGGCUUCCGCGUUUAGGGGACUAAGUGGUAGUAUGACAGCAUUUUUAGCAGGUGCUACUUACUUCGGUAUCAAUUCAGUCAAACCCCACGAGAGAGUUUCACGCUUAGCCAUCCAAGAAUUUCUGAAUGGAGGCGCGUAUGCCAUUGCUAAUAUCAUGGUUGGGUUUUGGGUAAAGGACAGUGGAUUUUUAGAGCCAUAUUGGUUUGCGUUGAUCUGCAGCAUGAUUGCUUUGUUGAUCUCGUAUUUUCUCAUCCAGGAAAUUCCGCAAAAUCGAGAUUCUCCCAACAGACGACGUGACACUGGAAACUGUCUGAAGGACACAUUUACUCCCAUAAUGAAAUAUUUCAAGUGUGGGCAAAAUAAGCCUUUAAUCAAAAUAUGGCUGGCUACGCUGGCCUUCCAGUCCUACGCACUUGUGCAUAUUGGGCAAGAGAACACAAUGGUUAUGUUUUUGGGUGGUCAGAAAUAUUUACACCAAACUCAUUUGGAAGUAACUGGAUUAAGCGUAUCAAUAGGGGUGUUCCUUUCCGUCAUUAUGGUUGUAGCUGCCUUGGCGACGGCAUUGACACCAGCUCUGUUUAAAAGAUUCCUCUCGGACACAACCAUCAUCAUUCUUGGUUUCCUGUCAAAAGCACUUGGAACACUGUGGAUUGCUGUUGUUCAAAAUGAGACAGUUUUAUACUUUGCUAUUCUACUGUUGGCAUUUGAACUUCUACCAUUUCCAAUGUUACGAUCGUUGGUAUCACGUGAUAUAGCUCCCGCUGAUCAAGGUAGUUUAUUUGCCCUGAUGCACUGUGGUGAGAGUUUGAUAUUUUUUCUCGGACCAUUGAUGUUUACAGCGAUAUACGCUGGCACACUACAUUAUUAUAGAGCGACGGUGUUAAUAGUUUCUAUUAUACUACUAGUUUUACCAGUAUCGUUUACAUUGGGAUUGAAGUUCCUGGCAUACAAGAAACCCGAAGAUUAUGAACCAAUGGAAGAAUCGCAGGCUGAAAGCAACAUAGGAGGUGAACAACGCCUUGAAACACGAGAACCGUCAGAAAUUUCUAGUCUUGCAAACGAACCAAUAUCAUUCAUUCAACUAAGUGCCAAUAAUACCAGCACAGCCUAAUCACAGCCUUUGAUGUUUUUAUAAUUAAUGUUCAAACUUUUAUAAAAUACCUUGGUGGUCAUAUCAAAUGCUUAUUCCAGUAUUCUUAGUCAUUAUUCGAAUUAUCUAUAAAAUAUCUUAUUGGUCACAUUGAAUACUGAAUCCAGUAUUCUUAAUCAUUA